AUGGCGUCGUGGAGUACUUCAACCCCUCUCCCUAUACUCCUCGGCCUCCUGUCCAUCCUCCUCCUCCACCCCCUCACCACCACCUUCGGCAUUCGCCUGGGCAUCAUUCACCGUAGCUCCCCUGACCUUCCCAUCUUCCGUGAAGCCCCCUCCUUUAAAAACGGGGAGCAAUGUGGCUCCGAGAACGCAGACGGCAUCCACGUGGCCAUGACCUUGGAUGCCAAUUACAUCCGGGGCACCAUGGCUGCUGUCUUCUCCUUGUUGCAACACUCAACAUGCCCUGAAAAUCUCUACUUCCACUUUCUCUCAGCGCAUAUUGCACCAGAGUUCUUUUCAAGUAUGAAGUCUACAUUCCCUUAUCUGAACUUCAAGACUUAUGCCUUUGAUUCAAACCGGGUUCGUGGAAAGAUAUCAAAGUCUAUAAGACAAGCAUUGGAUCAGCCUAUGAAUUAUGCAAGAAUUUAUCUAGCUAAUAUUCUUCCACCCAACAUGGGACGAGUUAUUUACUUGGAUUCAGACCUCGUUGUGGUGGACGACAUUGCCAAGCUAUGGAGUGUGGACAUGGAAGACAAGGUGGUGGCUGCACCAGAAUAUUGCCAGGCAAAUUUCACACAGUAUUUCACCCAUAAGUUUUGGUCUGACCCGUAUUUGUCAAAGACGUUUCAGGGAAGAAACCCAUGUUAUUUCAACACAGGAGUGAUGGUGGUGGAUGUGGAUAAAUGGAGGAAAGGAGGGUACACACAGAAAGUUGAGGAGUGGAUGGCAUUGCAAAAGAGAAAAAGGCUAUACAAUUUGGGGUCUUUGCCGCCAUUUUUGCUGGUUUUGGCUGGAAACAUCAAGGCUGUGGAUCACAGGUGGAACCAACAUGGACUAGGUGGUGACAACUUUGAAGGAGAGUGUAGGAGCCUCCACCCAGGUCCCAUUAGUCUUCUGCAUUGGAGUGGGAAGGGUAAGCCAUGGUUGAGGUUGGACUCCAGGAAGCCAUGCACCGUCGAUCACCUAUGGGCACCGUACGAUCUCUACCAUUCUUCUAGACACUUUCUGGAAGAAUAA